AUGGAACAACUGCAAGAGAUCUUCCAACCUCACCAAUUCAGAGCCGAUGAACAUCAUAUCGAUCUAUACCAUGUCUACGACAACCUCUCUCGCACGCCAUAUCAACCUGGCAUCGGCAUUGAAUGCGACGAUCCUGAUGAGUAUUUUAUGAAUGCCUGGCAUGUCAUAACACCCACUGCGAUGAUGAACCAUCUGAAUUGGCGAAAUCGAACUCGAACCCAAUUUAUAUCUUUAUACAACAACUUAGCCGAUGCAAUACGCGAGCAGCAAAGGCGGUGGAACCAGCCAUUUGUUUAUAAUGUUGGUUAUCGUACACCAGGCUCAGUCCGCAUUGCGCAUGUGCGGCUUUUACGGAAUACCAACGUUUGGGCUUUCUCCCGUGCAGAAAUGCUCAGCAUGAUGGGAAUCUUUGGUGGUCAGGCGCAGCUGGAAAUCCUUAAAACCUCUGCGCCUAGCGAGUGGUUUGUGUGGGGAGUCAUACCGAAUGAGUGUGUGCAGAACAGGCAUUUUCUCUAA